AGGCAGGGUUAUUUUUGAACUUGUACUCCUCCGUCGUCUUUCCCCAAUGUUUCCGGUAAGAGAAUUCGUUCGGGUUGUAACUAUUGAGGAGUAAAUAAUUUUUUUAAAAAAAAUAUAAUUCAUAAUUUUUAGAAAAAAAAAAAAGAAUUUGGGGGUAGAAAGGGGAAGAAGGGGGAUGGAAUUGGAAUGAAAGGUAGAAAGAGAAAUGGAGAAAGAAUGGAUAGGAGCAGCGUCAGAGGCAGUCGCAAGCGAAUUCAAAACCCUAAUCGAUCCCCAAGAUGUUGAUUCUCUCAAGCAAUUGCAGCACCUCAUAUUGGGAAGGUUGCAGGAUAGUAAUGCGGUUUUAUCGCAUUUUAAUGAGUAUUCUGAGAAUUGCUUGAGUGAGGUUUCUGGUGACUUUGCCAGGAACACCCGUCUCCUCAAGUCUAUCAAGUCUGACCUUGAUUAUAUAUUUCAGAAGCUUAGGAACAUCAAAGCAAAACUUAUGGCUACCUAUCCAGAUGCAUUUCCGGAUGAAUCAGCACUUGAUCGGAGACCAGACCUUGAAGUUCUUCCUCCUCACUAAAAUUAAUUUCUCAAACAAUAACAUGCUUUUAUUUAUUUUACCAUAUUCAACAAUCUGUAUCUUUCUUUUCUCUUUCAUUUCUUCUGUAUGAAAAAUGAACCUAUGCUCUUGUU